AUGGGGAAGAGCAAGGCCGUUCUUGCGCUGCUCGCCAUCAUGGUCGUCAUCGCUGACGUUCAAUAUGCACCUCACACCAAGAUGGGCGCUAGUCGCAUUCGCACGGCAAACACGAUUCCAUCCAUGGACGACACUGACUGUGCACCUUCGCGUUUCACGUGCUCCCAUCAUCCCUGCAGCGAGUCCCCUGUGGGCGUCGCAGGCAGCAGCCGCAACAUUGGAGAUCAGAACUGGGAGGCCGUUUCGUCCAUCACAGUCACAGGCAGCGACUGGAGGUGCAAGGACGUGUACACCGUGUAUGGCCUCACGCUGCAGCAGUUCACCGCCAUGAACGUGGGUAUUGACUGCUCUGCUCUCCUUCCUCAGGGUCGCAAGCUCGUGGUGAAAGAGCUGCUGCCAGCUUGCUCUGCCUUCUACUACGUCCAGCCGGCCGACACAUGCUCGUCCGUGGCUCAGUUUCUCAGCAUCACCGAGGAAAGCCUGCAGCAGCUCAACCCCAGCGUUAGCUGCUCUUCUCGCCUCCCCGCGUUCCACUCUCUCUGUGUGGAGCGCAACCCAGCCAAAGCCAGGCCGACAUGUGCCAAUAAGAUACGGAUUGGCCGAGUGGUGGACUUCAAGCAGGUGGCGGCAUCCAACGGAGCCACCAUGGUGGACCUCUGCAGGCUCAACCCCUGGAUCUCCUUCCGCGAUUCCCCGCGCGACAUUCAUAUUGUAAACGCAGAGAGUUCUAUCACGGGCGUGUGUGGCUACGACAGAGUCAGUGGGUGUUUGGGGGGCACGUGCAUCCACCGUGGCACCCAGGACAGCACCUGCGUCUGUCUGCCCAACCACCCCUUGAAAGAAUACAGCUGUGGUUACUCUCAGUGCUACUCCUGUGAUCAGAACUGGGCGGCCGUUUCAUCCAUCAAAGUCGCAGCCAGCAACUGGAGGUGCAAGGACGUGUACACCGUGUAUGGCCUCACGCUGCAGCAGUUCACUCACAUGAAUCAUGGUAUCAACUGCUCCGCUCUCCUUCCUCAGGGUCGCGACCUCGUGGUGAAAGAGCUGCUGCCAGCUUGCUCUGCCUUCUACUACGUCCAGCCGUUUCUCAGCAUCACCAAGGAAAGCCUGCAGCAGCUCAACCCCGGUGUUAGCUGCUCCUCUCGCCUGCUUGCGUUCCGCUCUCUCUGUGUGGAGCGCAACCCAGCCAAAGCCAAGCCGAGCUGUGAGAAUACGAUAAAGAUUGGUCGAGUGGUGGACUUCCAGCAGGUGGCGGCAUCCAAUGGAGCCACCAUGGUGGACCUCUGCAGGCUCAACCCCUGGAUCUCCUUCCGCGAUUCCCUGCGCAACAUUGAUAUUGUAUGUUUUUCCCACAUUUAUAGCUUCUCUGAUGUUAGGGGUGUACUUCAAUGA